UUCUUGGUGGGGGAAGAAGCUGCUCCCCUGCCCUUCAGCGAACACCGGAAACAGCAGUGUCCGGUGGAUCCUUCCGCGCUCUCUAGAGGCAUAGGGAAGUGUGACUCUUUGAUCUUAGAAGCCUUGUAGUGUAGUGCGUCUUUCCUCUCUGGAGAUCUUGAAAAUAACUCCUUCUCUCUUUAGAGUUACGCCCGGAACGAAAAAGUCAUUGGUUGGAAAUAGUAGGGUGUUGACAGAUGAAAACAAAUGGGUGGGUGUUGGAGGUCACGUGGCCUCAGCGGAAGGAUUUCCCCUGUGAUGCGUCCCAUAGGGAAGCUUAUAAAAGACCCGUGGUGAAAGAGCUACGGCCAUUUCUUUUUCUCCCGUUGCCAGAUGUAGAGUGCUUGCGCGAGUGUGUGCUUUCCCCUCCUCCGUUCCCGCAAGUCCGCGGCCGCCAUGGCGCAUUAGAGGCAGCAGUGCCUGCGGCAGCAUUGGCCUUUGCAGCGGCAGCAGCAGCACCAGGCUCUGCGGCGGCACCCCCCAGCGGCUUAAGCCAUGGCGCUUUUCACGGCAUUCAGCAGCAGCAUUGCUGUAACCGACAAAGACACCUUCGAAUUAAGCACAUCCCUCGAUUCCAGCAAAGCCCCACAACAUGACCGAGAUGAGUUUCCUGAGCAGCGAGGUGUUGGUGGGGGACUUCGUGUCCCCCUUCGACCAGUCGGGCUUGGGGGCUGAAGAAAGCCUAGGUCUCUUAGACGACUCCCUGGAGGUGGCCAAGCACUUUAAACCUCAUGGGUUCUCCAGCGACAAGGCUAAGGCGGGCUCCUCCGAAUGGCUGGCUGUGGAUGGGUUGGUCGGUGCCUCAGACAACGGCAAGGAGGAUGCCUUCUCCGGGACAGAUUGGAUGGUGGAGAAAAUGGAUCUCAACGAGUUUGAUUUUGAUGCCUUGUUAGGUUUAGAUGACCUGGAAAUGACGCCGGAUGAGUUUUGGGCCACGUUGGAAGACUCGUGUGGUCUCCUUGACCCCCUAAACCAGGAGAUUAAUAAGGAGCCCCCCCAGACAGUGAACCCAAUUGGCCAUCUUCCAGAAAGCUUACCAAAAACUGACCAGGUUGCUUCCUUUACUGUACUGCAACCUCGUCCCCUUUCCCCAGUGGCCCUGUCGUCCACUCUGGACCAUUCUUUCAGUUUAGAGCUAGGCAGCGAGGUCGACAUCUCUGAAGGAGACAGGAAGUCAGACUCUCCCGCCUACAUUAUCAUAAUCCCUCAGUGCGUGAAGGAGGAGGAAGCUGCCUCAGACAACGACAGCGGCAUAUGCAUGAGCCCCGAGUCGGACCAGGGCUCCCCUCAGCACAGUCCCUCUGCCCCCGGGGCCUCCCCAAGCAGUUUGCUGUCCUCAGACGAUGUCUGUGGCUCUGCGCGCCCCAAACCCUAUGACCCUCCUGGGGAGAAGGUGGUGGCAGCGAAAGUCAAGGGUGAAAAACUAGAUAAAAAGCUGAAAAAGAUGCAGCAGAACAAGACUGCAGCCACUAGGUACCGCCAGAAGAAGAGGGCAGAGCAGGAGGCCCUCACGGGGGAGUGUAAAGAGCUGGAAAAGAAAAACGAGGCUCUGAAAGAGAAGGCAGACUCCUUGGCCAAGGAGAUCCAGUAUCUGAAAGAUCUGAUAGAAGAGGUGCGCAAGGCGAGGGGAAAGAAAAGGGCCCCCUAGGUAGGGUAGCGUGUGCUUGUAUAUAGGAGGCUUGUGCUGGAGCUGUUGUAAUAAAUUAUUUUGUAGUGAAA